AUCAGGACAAAACCAGUCACUGUGUUCUACCUCUUCCUGUCAGUACCAGAAUUCCAUACACUUGAGUCAAAGGCUCAAAAGUCAAAAAUGGUCCACACCAUCGUGACUGGACGCUGUCGCAGCUAAUAAGCCACAUUGUCCAAUGUCCGAGCGCAUAUGUACGGCUUUGUCAUCCACGCUGAGACGGCCUCCCGGCUGGCAAGUCUCACCUUCACGCGUUCAUCACGACUUGAAGCUCGCUCGACUUGAAGAAAAGCAGGACCAUUAUCUUGUCAUCACAAUUGAGCUUUUAAGGAUUACAACCUCGGUAUUGAACGUGUGCGCCUGUACAUAGCCCCAUGUGCAGCGGCUCGAAGGUAAUGGACUCUGGGACUACGCCGUCAACACCCCACCUCAGCACCCACUUGAGGACCUCGCCAUCGCCCCAGACUCAGCGCAUAAUGGGUAAAAAAAAUCUCCCUAAAUCCCAUCGUAAGCAGCGGGUCUUGAUUUGCCAUAAUCCAAUCGACAAGCUCUCAGCCCCCACCCUCGCCUCCAAAUCCCUCGAGAUCCAAACCCGCGAAACAUUCAACAUCCUUAUUACCACAACGCUCUUCCCUGCUACGUAUGCCGCCUACCGCGGCCGAGUCGAUAUCGACGUCCCCACAUUUAUCCGCGAAACGCAAACGGGCCACCAUCCCCUCAUCGAAUGGGGCAUACGCGCACUCACCAUGUGGUACCUCGCUAAGCAGCACAACGACACAGAAGAGCUAGCGCGGAGCAGAUAUAUAUAUGGUGGGGUACUGCGCUAUCUCGCCACGCUGAUUGGCGAUCCGCGAUGGGUAACCUCGGACGUUACGCUGUCUGCUGCGAUUAAUCUUGCAUUGUUUGAGAUGCUCGAUGAGGAUGAAGAGCGUGCUGGGAACUGGAUUAUCCAUUCGCGGGCGAUCAAGCGGUUGAUUGAGAUCCGUGGACCGCUUGCGCACAUGGGGGGGAUUGGUCGGACGUUAUUAUAUGUAUUUCGGCCGUUUCUUGUUAUUGAUGCGUUUAUUCAUCAGGAGCCGUGUGUACUCGAUACGCCAAAGUGGAAGGCUGCUAAUCGGCGACUGCUCCUUCGAGAUGAGCGGAUGGGGAGAGCGGGUAGUUUGGUCCGGAUUCUGGAGCAGGCGUUUGAGCAUAUUGCUGCAUGUCCCGGGUUGCUCGCGCGAGUUUGUGCCUUAUUAGAUGGGACCGCGGAUGCGGCCCAGAGGGAUGCUUUACUGAAAGACCUUUUUCGCAUUCGAGCCAUCUUGUUGGACCUCGAGCAGCAGCUCCUCUUCAUCGCAUCCAGCAAUACAACUCCAUUGACCGGACCCAGGUGCACUACCUUCGUCCCAAAGAUCGUGCAUCUUAGCGGCGAGGGAAUACGGUCGAGCCUUGCUCUUUUGGACCAAUUGGUGACUUUGCUUACUCUGAACGAUUGCUCCCCUAUUCCUCGACAAGUAUUCCUUGGAAGUGUGCUGAGUGGCUCUGCGGCGCAGGCGACAUUUGGGGAGAACUUCCUGGAUCAUUUGUCUCUUGGAAUGAUUUUCAGUCCCCAAAUUUUGGUAAUGGAAUAGAUUGACGGCCUUGCUUGGUGAUAUUGCUGGAUGAUGCCAUGGGAAAUCGCAAAAUAUCUAUGGGCGACAAGCAUUUGUAUGUCGUUGAGUCUUUGCAUGGUCGUCAGGUUGAUAUUCGACGGUACAACGUUCCUUUGGGUCGCCACUAUGGCUACUGGUAUCGAAGUUACAGCUUAGUGAAGAUUAGUACUGUUCAUCAACAUAAAUUCUUCUGGGGAAACUUCUCUUUACAUGACGAAAAGCUUUACAUAGAUUCGUCCAGAGGUGUGAGGCGAGCAUCAUCAGGUAGAGCUCUGCUUGUGAGUCGCCUGCGCGCCCCACGAACUGAAUCAUCGGUUCCCCACGUGGGCCUAGGGGAGUAGUUGAAGAUGAUGAAC